UCCCGUAGACGACUACGCACCAGGUUGUCAUGGCGGCGGUUUAAACAGCAGGAAGUGGCGCUGCAGCUUCGCCCGAAUCCGUAUUUGUGUUUAUUUAAUCACUUUCUCUUCUCUUAAUUGAAAUUUCUUUAUACCUGCCCUCAGCAGAGACGGGCAAAAUGGAUGUUAAACUGUGGAACCGUCCUGCACAGGUAACCUUUGGCGAACCGAGCCAGCUAAAUGGAUCCUGGGUGUUGUCGGGGUCAGGGAAGGUUCAGGCACAGAGCAAAAGCCAACUGCAGCAGACUCAGCUCCGCUUUAACAAGGAGGUGCCCACCUCGCCCUCUAACCUGUCGGCGCGGUUCCUCAACCCCGCCCCCAUCGUGAUUGAAAAGCUGUCCGUCCCUGGCACCGCCAUGGCUCGGAACGGCAGCAGCCAAUGGGAGGACAGCAUCAGCAGCUCCCAGAGCUCUGUGCGCUUCUCCGUGGUGUCGGAGGACCGGCUGCAGCGGGCGGUGAGGAUGGCACAGAGAGACAUGCGACGCAGGCAGCAAGAGGAGGCACAGAGCAACCACAGAGAGAAGCCACCAGCAAUACCACCCAGCGCUGCCCAGAGGAAACCCAGCAGGGCAAACAUCCAGGACCAGCACAGUCAGAAACAAGGGCACAGGCGAGCGCAGACUCCUAAAGCAGAGAUUACAAAGUCGGGUGCCAGGGUGAUUGUCUACACCCCCGAGAGGCUGAGCCACCCCGCCGGGACUGAGACCACCCUCUCUCCCCCCACCCGAGACCCUGGCCCUGGGCCCAAACCCGGGGACGGCAAGCAGGAGCCUGGGCUCAGCCUGGAGAUCCGGCGGCUGCAGAAGGAGCUUGGCACCUACAUCCAGAGGAUUGAGCAGCUGGCUAACAGAGGGAGCGGGGAGGCACUGGACCCGGAUGAGGAGAGGCGAGCUCAGAUCAGGAGACAGGAGCAGGCAGUCAGAUCUGCACGCAUCAUCUACGUGCUGCAGCAGCAGGUUAAACAGAUACAGGAGGAUCUGGACAAGCUGAGCCCACACAAAAUCAGACACACAAAAAAGUCGAGGGCAAUGGACAGGCUAGCAGCCGCGCACAGAGGGGCAGUCCGAGCCAUGCAGCUGUUUGUGGGUCAGCUCUCUGACCUAUCAGAGGAGAAGGUGCCCUCUCACUACAGGGAGCUGGGCCAGCUGAUUCGCCAGCUGUCUCUCUGCUCCGCCAAACUGGAGGUGGGGUCGGGCUCUUCUGUCCCGGAGACCGCCAUAGAUAUUCUGCAGCAGCUGGAGGAUUUGGACUGCGCUCUGGGAAAGCAAGAGAGUCCGCAGAGGCAGGCUUCCCGGGCUCGGAGCAGCUCGCCGCCGGUCCGCACAGCAUCCCGCGGACGACAGCGCAGCUCCUCUCCCACCAGGGGGCGGAGUCUACCCACCGCCAAGGGAAGGGGCCAGCGAGGACCAGGUAAAGUCGCCACAGCCACCGUGAACACCUCAGCAGAGAGACGGGCUGUCUCGGUUGUUGCUGACCGGAGUCGGUCUGAACUGGUGCCCCCCAGGAAGGGUGACCCCCCCACUCCAGAGCGCAGUCAGAUGUUGAGGGCCAGCAUUGAGACUCUGAUCCGCAUGGGGGCGCUGAAGAAGGGGACCCCCGAACCCCCUCGACCCGCCGGGCUCAAGGGAGUGCUGCUCGCGGACAGGCCUGAGGGAUUUCGGCAGCCCAGAGAAGUGCACUUCCAGAAGACCACACUGGCGUCUCGACUCAAGGAGAACCAACCUCCCACGAAGGACAGCUCCAUACCCUGGGUGCCGCCUCACCCUACCUCCCCCCCAGCCUCCCCCAGGCGGGCUUCAUGGAAGAAGCAGAGGGCUGGGGUGCAGUCCUCUCCCCCCAGAGCUCCAGGCUCUCCUGGGAGACACAGAGAGACGGUGGAGCUGGAGAGGAGGCAGCUGGCCGAGCACGAGGCACUGAGGCAGGCCUGGCUGGACAGUGUGAGCGCACGCAGACUGAGGGAACUGAAGGAACUCUGCACAGAAGAAACGGAGCAGAUUCAGAGACUCAGGGCUGAGGCAGGGUCCCCAACCCAAUGGGCUGAGAGGGCCGAGCAAGCAGCUCAAGAGAGACUGCGCCCCCUGCUGGACCAAGCACAGCAAAUCAGCAGCUUGUGGGAGAGGAAAGGCUCCUCGCUGAGGAACAGGCUGUCUGCCCAGGUGGCUGAGACAGCAGCGGGCAGCGCGGAGCUGCUGAGCGAGAAGAUCCUAGAUGACCUCCUGGAGGACACAGCCCAGGCCCUGUGGGCAGUGGAGCAGGACAGGCAAGCAGAGCGUGGGGGUCUGGCCUUGCAGGACAGCCCUUCUCUGGAGACCAUGAUGCGGAGGAUGGAGGAGAUGGAGAAAGACGAGGACUCCGUGCGCCGGCGGUUUGCUCACGUUACCUACGCUGGUCCUGAGUUCUGGGUGGAGGAGGAGAGAGCAGACAGAGACCAGGACCCUGCAGACAGGAAGCCGACAGCACCCCAGCCAAUCAGAAUCACCAAGAUAGCGGGACACAAGGAGCCUGUGGUGGACAUUGUGAUAGAGACCCCCACCGAGACCAAUGUCCUGUCUGAGGAAUCCAGUUUGGGUGACCUGUCAAAGAGCUACCAGCCAAGACAGCCCCUCCCACAGGCCAAGCAGAGGGGCGGUACCUUCCUCUCUGUGCCAAUCAGAAUGCAGCAGAGCAUCCAGAAGUACAUCGGGCGGUAUGAGGCCUUCCUCCGUCUCGUCUCUCAUGAGGCCGUGGGCAGCUUUAACCCCUGGGUCAUCGCCGACAGCCUGGCAGAGGAGCUGAUGUCGGAGGCGCUAGGUGACGUCGCUGCAGAGUUCCAGGAUGUUUGCGAGGAGUACGCAGAGGCGGUGUUCACAUCUGAGUUCCUGCAGCCAGUACAAUCCCAGAACACCAUUCCAGGGACAUCCAGCCAAUAGAAUCCAGGUACUGGCUUCAAAUGGGUCUUCCAGCCAAUAGGACAGCAGAAUUCCAUCCCCGAUCUUGGUUUCUAAUUGGUUUCGUGACAAAGAGAAUUUGAAAGCGUCCAAGGACCGCUCCCAGAGGAGUGGUGUAAAAAGAAGCGAGAUUCUCGGCAAUUGACUCGCCAUGAAUCUUUGAGAAGCGAACAGCAGGCCCCAGAGAAGCUGCAGGGGUUUUGACAACCUCGGCUGUUUGAUAAUGCGUGUCAUUUUAUAAUUUAUACAUCAUUUCAGCUCGGAGGAGCACAAGGGCGAUUUGCAGUUGUGAAUGUCUGUGUGAUUAACUCUGGGACUCGAACCCGCUUGUAAGAAGCGUGCCGGGUCACCAACUGAAUUACAGGAAAGAGCCUCUGUUAGUCAAUAUCACACAUGCUCAUCAUCCCAGCCUGCGAAAUUACUAAAGGUUGCGUUUAGUUUGGUAUUCUUAUACUGUAUAUCCCAGGAGGUGGAAGUAGAACUCCUAUUGUAUAUCAUUUUGAGACGUCAUUUUAUAUUACUGUAUUUAACUCAGAUUUAAAUAAUACUUUAAAUUGAUUAAAAAAAAUAACACACACACGCACACUGAUUUUGCUCUUAAGUGGUGCAAUUCAAUCAAGUCAUUUUUAAUGAAUUAAAAACCCUGACCUAGAAAUAAUUGAUGCUAUUUUUAAACAAGUUAUUUUUCUAAAGGAACAAAGAAAGCACAGAGAGUAAGAGCUUCACAUUACAUUGUCAUAAUUGACAGUAAAAAAAAAAAAAAAGAUGCAAAUGUAUUUGGAUUUGAAGCUUUAAUUUAAUGAAGUCUCAAAUUCAUGGAACUUUUCUAGGCUGUUGUUGGUCUCUUUAACAGCAACCUAGAACGGUUCCGUGCAUAUAAGCAGAACAUUAAUCUAGAAUACGACCCAUUGUCACUAUGGAAGUGCCAGGAACCCACAUGUACCUGUCAUUCACUCCUGCUUCACAAAACCCAGGAGACCAAAUACUGUACGUGCGCUUUGUACAGAUAGGAAAAUCUAGUGACCUGCGGUUUCUCUCUCUCUCUCGGUUUCUUGGCUUUUCUCUCUGGUUUCUCUCUCUCAGUUUCUCUCUCUCGGUUUCUC